AUGAAGGAGGCAGUGGAAAACUUUACUUUGGACUCGGAGUUGUGGCACGCCUGUGCUGGGGGCAUGGUUCAGAUGCCUUCAAUGAACUCCAAAAUCUUCUAUUUCCCGCAAGGACACGCUGAGCAUACUCUCAUUAAUGUGGAUUUCACUAACCUGCCGAGAGUCGCACCUUUGUUUCUCUGUAGAGUUGCCGCGGUGAAAUAUUUGGCAGACCCUGAAACAGAUGAGGUGUACGCAAAAAUUAGGUUGAUCCCAAUUGAGAACAAUAAACACAGUUUUGAAGACGAUGGAAGAUUGGGGAAUAAUGGAUCUGAAGUGAAUGAAAAGCCCACUUCUUUUGCAAAGACACUGACCCAAUCUGAUGCAAACAAUGGUGGGGGGUUCUCAGUCCCAAGGUACUGUGCGGAGACAAUUUUCCCGCGGUUGGAUUAUAUGGCCGAUCCUCCUCUGCAGACUGUAAUAGCCAAGGAUGUACAUGGAGAAACUUGGAAGUUUAGACAUAUCUACAGGGGAACGCCGAGAAGGCAUUUGUUGACCACUGGUUGGAGUACCUUUGUGAAUCAAAAGAAGCUGGUUGCAGGGGAUUCAGUUGUAUUUUUGAGGGCAGAAAAUGGGGAUCUUUGUAUUGGAAUUCGAAGAGCCAAGCGCAGUGGUGGCUUUGGUGGGCAUGAGACCCCAUCUGGGUGGAACUCUGGUGGUGCUGGAAAUUUAGGGGGAUUUUCAGCCUUUCUGAAGGAAGAUCAAAACAAGCUGAUGCAUAGAGAUGGUAAUAAUGGAAAUCUAGGGGAAAGGGGGAGAGUAAAGCCUGAAUCGGUUGUCAAUGCCACACUCCUUGCUGCCAGUGGUCAACCUUUUGAGGUAGUUUAUUACCCACGAGCAAGCACACCAGAGUUUUGUGUGAAGGCAGCAUCUGUGAGUGCUUCUAUGAGGAUCCAAUGGUGCCCUGGAAUGAGGUUCAAGAUGGCUUUUGAAACUGAGGAUUCCUCUCGUAUUAGCUGGUUUAUGGGAACUAUAGCUUCUGUUCAGGUUGCUGACCCGAUUUACUGGCCUAAUUCACUGUGGCGUCUUCUUCAGGUGAAGUGGGAUGAACCAGAUUUGCUGCAAAAUGUGAAGUGCGUUAGCCCAUGGCUAGUUGAAUUGGUCUCAAAUAUGCCUGUUAUUCACCUGUCACCAUUUUCACCACCAAGAAAAAAAUUGUGUUUACCGCAUCAUUCAGAUUUUCCAAUUGACGGCCGCUUUCCUAUGCCGUCAUUUUCAGGCAAUCCCAUUGGGCCAAGCAGUCCCUUUAGUUGUCUAUCUGACACUAUCUCUGCAGGCAUACAGGGAGCCAGGCAUGUUCAAAUCGGAGUACCAUUAACGGAUCUCCACCUUAGCAACAAACUACAGUUGGGAUUGUUACCACCUAGUGUCUUGCAUCUUGAUCCCCAUGCUAAAACAUCUGGUGAUAUUGAUGGAAGCCGUAUGAAUGGUAAUGAAAAUAUAUCUUGCUUGUUAAGCAUGGGGAAUUCUAGUAAGAAGUCAGAGAAAACGGACCAUGUAAUAAUGCCUCGGUUUGUACUCUUUGGUCAGCCAAUACUCACUGAGCAGCAGAUGUCUCUUGUCUGCUCCAGUGAUGCAGUUCAUAAAGUGUCAUCGGUAAGGGGUUCCUCAGGCUGUCAUGUAGCAGAACUUGGACUGGAUACUGGUCACUGCAAAGUAUUCUUGGAGUCUGAGGAUGUGGGUCGGACUCUUGAUCUAUCAGUUCUUGGAUCAUAUGAAGAGCUCUACAAAAGGUUAGAACACAUGUUUGGGAUUGAAAAAUCUGAGAUUGUGAGUCAUGUAUUCUAUAGCGAUGCAGCAGGUGGUGUUAAACAAGCUGGAGAUGAACCGUUCAGUGAGUUCAUGAAGACAACCAAACGAUUGACAAUUUUUGGGAGACCUGGUAGUCAAAGUGCUGAAAGGAAGUUGAUUACUGGUGUGGCAACUGCUGAACGUGGACUGGAUUCAUCUAACCGAGCAGGACCAAUGAGCAUAUUUGCUUAG